CAAUUUAGUCUGCUGAAAGUGCCGGCAAAAGCAAAUCAUUUUUGUUCUCAAAAUAAUUAUAGAUCAGUAAUAUUAAAUUGCAACAAAGAAAUUCAUCAUGACUGAAGAUAACAAUGUCCAAGUGCCUGCGUGGCUGAAGCAACAACUCUUUGAAGAUGUGCUGAAGAAACUCUUUCCUAAAUAUCGCAGCAUUAAGAGCUACAAGCCAGAGGCUGGUCUCAAACCAGGAGAGAAUUACUCCACAAUUAUGUUGCGAUUGCACUUUGAAGUUGAAUUGAAAGAUAAUUCGAUCGAGAAAAUCAGCUUUAUGCUGAAAACACCGCACGACUUUGAACUGUAUCGAGAGAUACUUAAGAAGAACAACAUGUUUGCCGUUGAACGAGAUGUUUUUCUAAAUGUAAAACCCGAGUUGGAGCAAAUGUAUAAAGAUGUUGGACUAGAAGUUAGAUUUGGAGCGACUGGCUAUACAAUUAAUGCACCCGAUGAAUAUGUACUCCUCGAAGAUCUUCGACCUGCCGGUUUCCAGAACAUCGAUCGUCUUGAAGGUUUAAAUAAGGCUCACGUUUUGGGUGUACUUAAAAAGCUUGCUCAAUGGCACGCGGUCUCAGCAGCACGUAUCUUAUUUAAAGGCGUAUAUACGCAUAAUUAUCUUCAGCCCACCUAUGCAGAUAGUAUGAAGCCAGAAAUUGCUCAGGUAGCAGAAACUCUAGGAAAAUAUUUUCUAAAGUGUUUGCCCAAAUACGAUGACUACGAAACCUACAGUGAGGCAGUGCACAAAAUUCAACCAAAAAUUGUGGAUUUAAUGUAUGGAUUAAAUAAACCCGAUCCCGAAGAUUUCAAUGCGCUUGCCCAUGGUGAUUUGUGGACCAACAAUAUUCUCUUCCAAAGUAAAGAAGAGAGCGAUGAACCAAAUGAAACUUAUUUUGUAGAUUUUCAAUUACCUAAAUACUGCUCGGUGGCAUAUGAUCUCAUGUAUUUCUUGCUGGCUUCCACACAAUUUGAUCUCAAGCUGAGUCAUUUUGAUUAUUUCAUUAAGUAUUAUCAUGAUCAACUGGCGGAACACUUAAAAUUGCUCAAGUACCCAGUAGAGAAGAUUCCAACUCUUCGCUCUCUCCAUCAACAGUUGCUGAAACAUGGAUAUGUUGGAUAUCAUGUUGCCCUAAUUCUGUGCCCCCCAGUUCUUCUCGACCGCACAGAUGAUGCCAAUCUGACUGACUUUGUCACCGAAACAGAUGAUGGAGACAUCUUGAAAAUGCAAAUGUUUAGCAACGCUCGUUAUCGCAAACAUGUCAGUGCUAUUCUGCCCUGGUUGUACAAUCGUGGAGCUCUGCCAUAUUGAACCUUAAAGCUUGCAUUCUAAAAGAUUGAAAUACUUCGAUAUGAGAAAAUAUCUUUCAUACUUAACACUAUUACUUACAUAAUUUUGCUCACACUGCAUUUAAUAGACAUACUAAAAAUAUUAAU